GCGAAAGUUUCCCAACGCAACGAUCGUCCCAUGCUCGUGGGGAAGGGGAGCUGAGUCCGCAGACUGCUCCUGUCCAUGCCGGUCGAGAAUUUGUCUGAGACUCUGAGCCGUAGGACGACAAAUGGCCCCGUUGCUGUGUGCAGCGCGGGUUCUCAUUUGCUGUCUGGUCGAAGAUUGAAUGACGACGAAAAGCCCCGAUGGAACCAAAUCAUAAGAACAGAAUCCCGAAGACGACCCGCUCUGACUGACUGGGCUCGGGGCUUGCGAGGCCGGGGUGGCAUGGUGUGGUGUGGUGCAGAGAGAGAGAGAGAGAGAGAGAGAAGGGGGGAAAGAGGGAGAGUAAAGAAAUGGGAGAGGUCUGUGUCUGUGUAUCUGAGGUGAAACAACCAAGAUAGGUAGAGAAGGGGAGAGAGAGGGGGAGAGCAGCGAACUACACACGCUUUCACGCCACAGCUCGGAAACGUCGGGAUACUACUACAACUAGUUCUUACUGGGAACAGAGCAAAAAGUACGCUCUUUCGUUGUAGUGCAGGAUAGUGAGGGAGAGGGCAGGCACUUUGUUCUGUUGUCGAGCCUGUUGGCUUUUGUCUUUGAGCAUUUUUCUCCUCUGCUCACCAUCUUCCCGGCCACGUCGCUUGCUUUCGUGUGAGUGGUGAGUGACUAGAUACGAAGGAGAGAGAAAGAAAGAGAUUUACGAGUUCGCCUGUUCAUUGCGAGUUAUCCUUCGGCGGUGCAGGGGAAGACGGGAACGGGAAGUGGGAGGGGACUCUGAUUUCUUUGGUCAGCGAGUGCAUGGGGGGCCAUGGGCGACUGAUUGGCAUGAAUUCGGGCUGACAUGAUUUUACAACGAGUGCCGGUGGAAGUAGUCUUGUUACUUGAAGCUUUGAAGUCGUGUUGUCGACAGUGUGGUUAUCAUCGGACCACGGCCCCUUGGAAAAUCCUGAGUCUUCAUCGGUCAGUAUCUACAUUUUGUGGGGAAUGAUCAUUCUUCACAAUUGGAAGCAGAAGCAGAUUCGAAUGCCUAGUGUCUGUUGGCCUCAGGUUUUGAGUGGCAUAGUAUUUGAUAUUGUCGAUCGACAAACGGUUUCAUUGCCUAAGCUUGGUACUGGGGCUGGAUCCCCAUCCGCAGGCUCGGAAGAAAUCCUGGCAUGGCUGUAGCAGGAUUAGAGUCGACAGGAAUGCGGAGAGCUGUGGUCAGGAGCGAGAAAUUUAUGGAGUGGCAACGUGAACUUAGUAGUUCCCGAGCUAUCUACGGUGGACGUAAACGACAUGAGGAGGUUGACAACAUGGAAUCCAACGUUAUGAAGAAAUUCACUUUGAAGAACGAUGAGGAGGAUGACAAGAUCCCCAACGAAGAAUGCUCUGACGACAGAGAAGUAGAUGGAGAAGAACGUACUGCAGAUUCGAAUUUAGGUGACGCCAAUGGAGCUACUCCAAGAACUAAGUUGAAAAAACAACAACAUCAAAAGCAGAGAUCUGAAAUUAAGAAGAAUCGCAAGGAACACGAAGUUGACCAGACAAAAAUGCUCUGUUCGCAAAACGAUGAGAAAUAUUCUACCCCUGCGGAUGGAGAAGGGGGAAGAAUACGAAGGUGUAAGCAGCCCCAAAAAACUUCUCAAGACAAUCAGAUCAAGCGUCAAUCUCAGUCAUCUCCGGAAGAAGAUAACGUGCAAACAUCACAACAGGAGCAGGAUUCAAAUUUGAACCAACCAAUCAGACGAAGACAACGUCGAACUCUAGCCAGGUCUUACACUCCUCCAAAGGAAGAAAAGGACAUGGAGAGGGUUUUGAGGUCAUUGACGAGGAAUCGUGGUAGUGAGACUCCACCGCCCCCACCUGCAGUUCCAGUUCCUCCGGGGAAAGGCACCAAAAGGUCCAAGCGAGUUGCUCAAAGAUUAGCUAAUGAAGAGCCUCCUCCUCCACCCUUGAAGCUACCAAAAUUGCAGGUCGUUCUAUCCAAGAAAGAAAUACACGAUGAUUGGAUGAAAAUAACUGGUCAUCGCUACGCUGGAAAACCGAAGAAGUCGACUAUGACUGCGAGGGGUCUUAAUUUGUGCACUGCCUUGACGUGCCCUUCUACCAUUCGAUAUCUUAAUGAGCCUCAAUGAAUAGAAAGACGUGUGGACUUGGACCAGCCCUGGAAUUAAGAGCUGCUACUUGGACUCUCUAUCAAGCUUGGCCUAUUGAACUACCAUGUCCAAGACUCCAGUAUCAGAUCAGUGCUGAGACUGUGAUCAGAUUGAGUCAGCUGGUUAACCAAAUAGUUUCUGUGGAGAACAGAGCUGUGCUAGCGUGGUAGCAGAGCUGGUCUGGAGGUCUGGCAGCUUGUUGAGGCUGAUUGAAUGAGUUAUCACCCAAGUGGAGAUCCUUUGAAAGUUCUUUGAUUGUGCUUCUGUGAAGCUUGCCCAGCCUCUUCUUAUCUUAGGCAUACUUAGAAGGACAUUGAGCAGACCUCUAGGAAAUAGGAAAUAGUGUGGCAUGCAUUUGCACGGCUUGUUAACAAGGUCAGGGCCCUUCUCCACCGAGUAGCGCCUCAUUUUCGCAAGCAAGAGGGAGUCAAACCUCCCAACUACAGCUCCAAUGGAACUCUUUCUGGAACUCAGGCAGCUCAGUUGUCUUCUUGGCGUAGGAUUGUAAACUAAAGAAUCAUUGGAACCAUCUGUGAAUACAUUUGCAGUUUCAUCUAUGGCACUUCACAUCCAUCAAGUUAGAGAGUUAGACAUUGGUUCUGAUAGCUACAGAAGCAACUGAGAAUUUGAUGAACCUCUGCGUUCAAGGGUGGUCUGUUGUCCGUUGAGUGUGGCUUGAGCGCGCUCGUGUAAAUCAAAAUCACGACGCAAGACCCCAAUUAGUUGAGUCUCGGGCGAUAAUUGGACCUUGAAUUUCUUUAUCAUAACAAGAAAUCAUGUUAGUCCCAAUAUCGAGUCCCCAAGUGUUUCAUGCAAGAAAACUGCAGACCUUGAAUACAUGUAAUGCUGUAUAUCACGUUCAGUCGA